GGCAGGACAAGAGGGGAGGGAAGUUGGAGGCGCGGCACCUUAACAGAAGCGGCUAAAACAAUAAUUUUAUCUCGUCAUCUGAAAGAUAUGUCAUCUGUCAACAUGUGUGGGACGACAAAAGAGGACGCCGCAUCCAAGCCGUGACCGCAUCCAGUGAAGACGACGGUCAGAAGCAGCCUGACUCAGUAAAGUCUCAUCUUUGCACCCAGUGGAUGCAGAAAGGGUCACACCAGGAGCCAUGAGCGCGUCCGGGGACGACCCGCAGAGUUUACUUUGUUACAAGAGACCUGAUGAGGAUGUGGUAGUGGACCAGGGAGGGACCAGCUCUGUGAUGAAUGUUCAUUACGAGAAAGAGGAGCUAGAAGGACACAGGACUCUGUUUGUGGGAGUUCGGAUGCCCAGACAGAGCCAUCGGCAUCAUAGACCCCAUGGAUCCUGCCACCGUAAGAAAGAUAAAAGGGCAGGAAGCAUCACGACACAGCAAAGCGAGGAAAGUGAGGCAGCUGCCAGCAGUCAUGACACACCAUCCCAGCGGGUCCAGUUCAUCCUGGGUGCAGAGGAGGAUGCUGAGCACGUUUCCCAUGAGCUGUUCACCGAGUUGGAUGAGAUCUGUGUGAAGGAUGGCAAAGAUGCAGAGUGGAAGGAAACAGCCAGGUGGUUAAAGUUUGAAGAAGAUGUGGAGGAUGGUGGAGAGAGGUGGAGCAAGCCUUAUGUGGCUACACUCUCCCUUCACAGCUUGUUUGAGCUCCGGAGCUGCAUCAUCAACGGUAGCGUUCUGCUGGACAUGCGGGCCGACUCCAUUGAGGAAAUAGCAGACAUGGUUCUGGACCACCAGGAGGCCUCGCACGAGCUGGAUGACACUGUUAGAGUUAGGGUACGUGAGGCCCUGCUCAAGAGGCACCACCACCAAAAUGAAAAGAAGAAAAACCUUAUUCCAAUCGUACGUUCCAUCACUGAGGGAGCGCGCAAACAGUCAGAGCCUCAAGUAGUAGGGUCGGCCCCGUCUCCCCAGCCUCCUCUGCCAACUGAACCAGCCAAGAACGGCGCUGGACAGGAAAACAGUCAAGUGGAUCUCAGUAAGGUUGAUCUGCAUUUUAUGAAGAAGAUUCCAGAAGGCGCAGAGGCUUCAAAUGUGCUGGUUGGAGUUUUGGACUUCCUGGAGAGACCGAUUGUUGCUUUUGUACGCCUUUCCCCUGCUGUCCUGCUCACGGGACUAACUGAGGUCCCUAUCCCCACCAGAUUCCUCUUCAUUCUCCUUGGCCCUGAUGGAAAGGCUCAGCAGUACCAUGAAAUUGGACGCUCGAUGGCAACUAUUAUGACAGAUGAGAUCUUCCACAAUGUAGCAUAUAAAGCAAAAGACAGAAGUGACCUUCUAGCAGGAAUAGACGAGUUCCUGGACCAGGUGACUGUCUUGCCCCCAGGGGAGUGGGACCCUUCUAUCCGAAUAGAGCCCCCAAAGAAUGUACCCUCUCAGGAGAAAAGGAAAACACCAGGGGUUCCUAAUGGUACAGCCUUGCAGGUAGAGGAACCGCAACAUGCUGAACACCAUGGGCCAGAGCUGCAGAGGACAGGAAGGUUGUUUGGCGGCCUCAUACUGGAUAUUAAGAGGAAAGCUCCUUUCUAUGUGAGUGACUUUAAGGAUGGCCUUAGCCUCCAGUGCGUUGCCUCUUUCCUCUUCCUCUACUGUGCCUGUAUGUCUCCUGUCAUCACCUUUGGCGGACUGCUUGGGGAGGCGACUGAAGGACGCAUUAGUGCCAUAGAGUCCUUAUUCGGUGCAUCAAUGACUGGGGUAGCCUACUCUCUGUUUGCUGGUCAGCCUCUCACCAUUCUGGGCAGCACUGGGCCUGUACUGGUUUUUGAGAAAAUACUCUUCAAAUUCUGCAAGGACUUUGGCCUGUCAUAUUUGUCACUCCGAGCUUGCAUUGGCCUGUGGACAGCCCUGCUGUGUUUGGUGUUAGUGGCCACAGAUGCUAGCUCUCUGGUUUGUUACAUCACCCGAUUCACAGAGGAAGCAUUUGCUGCCCUCAUCUGUCUCAUCUUCAUCUAUGAGGCCUUGGAGAAACUGUUCCACUUAGGAGAACUGUACCCCUUCAAUAAAAACAGUGAGCUGGAUAAACUCACACUAACAUACUGCAGGUGUUCAGAGCCUAAUAUUCCCAGUAAUGAAACAUUAAAGUUCUGGAGUGAGAGAAAUAUUACAGCCUCUGCAGUACCCUGGGAUAACCUAACUGUAAAGGAGUGUAUUAGCCUGCAUGGGCACUUUGUUGGGACAGCUUGUGGGCACCAUGGCCCAUUCACCCCAGAUGUUCUCUUCUGGUCCGUCAUCUUGUUCUUUUCAACGUUCUUCAUGUCGGCCUUCCUGAAAGAAUUUAAGACAAGCCGUUAUUUCCCCACCAAGAUUCGUUCCAUGAUCAGCGACUUUGCAGUGUUUCUCACAAUUGUUAUCAUGGUCCUGCUUGACUUUGUCGUUGGAGUGCCAUCCCAGAAGCUGAAGGUGCCCAGUAAAUUUCAGCCUACCAGAGAUGAUCGUGGUUGGCUCAUCAAUCCGAUCGGGCCCAACCCCUGGUGGACAACCCUAGUUGCAUCUAUACCUGCGCUCCUUUGUACCAUUCUCAUCUUCAUGGACCAACAGAUAACUGCUGUCAUUAUUAACCGAAAAGAACACAAACUACUGAAAGGCUGUGGGUACAAUCUGGACUUGCUGAUGGUAGGGUCGAUGCUGGCUGUGUGCUCCAUUAUGGGAUUGCCAUGGUUUGUGGCCGCCACCGUGUUGUCCAUUUCACAUGUUAACAGCCUGAAACUGGAGUCAGAGAGCGCAGCUCCAGGAGAGCAGCCACGUUUCCUGGGCAUAAGAGAGCAGAGGCUCACAGGCCUGGUUAUCUUCUUGCUCAUGGGCUGCUCCGUUUUCAUGACAGGAGCUCUGCAGUUUAUUCCUAUGCCUGUCCUCUAUGGAGUUUUUCUUUACAUGGGAGCAUCAUCUUUGAAAGGAAUUCAGUUCUUUGACCGCCUAAAGCUUUUUGGUAUGCCGGCAAAGCAUCAGCCAGACUUCAUCUAUCUGAGACAUGUUCCUUUGAGAAAGGUACACCUGUUCACUAUCACUCAGCUCACCUGUCUGGUGCUCCUCUGGGUCAUCAAGACCUCUCCUGCUGCAAUCAUCUUCCCCAUGAUGGUCCUGGCUCUAGUUUUUAUCCGUAAGCUGCUGGACUUGUGCUUCUCUAAACGAGAACUGAGCUACCUGGAUGACUUGAUGCCUGAGUGGAAAAAGAAGAAUCUGGAUGACACUUCCAAAACGUUGGAGGAGGAAUCGCAAGAAAUGCUCAGCUUGAAGAAACUUGAUUCAGCUUCUGUUCAGAUUCCCAUGGAGAGCAGCAGAGUUGUUCAUAAAGCACAUGAUCCCAAGUGUGAUCCCUCUGAUAUUAACAUAUCUGAUGAAAUGUCUAAAACCACUGUGUGGAAAUCCCUGAACUCCAAUCAGAAAGACAUUCGUCCUGUGGCUGCUAAAAAGGAUUGAAGGGAUUGCAUUCAUUGAUGAGUAAAGAAAUCCAGCUGUAUCAUCUAGCUGUACUUCUGGACCAGGAGAGGCCAAUGUUGACCACUUCAACCAGAACAGCUUCUUCAGACCUAACAAUGUUAGACACAAUCAUAAAGAGAAAGUCAUUUUUGUAGUACACUCACAUGUGUACCUCUGUCUUUUUUAGGUUUGUUCCUAUAGAGUAGAGAUUCAAGUUUUGUUCACAUUUGCCAAUCCCAAUCAAUGAGAUAUAUGAAAAACAUCACCAAGCAAACAAGCUGGUAUAGCCAUUUUUUCAUAAACUGAUGAUAUAUUUUCCACCUAAACUUGUAAAAACUUUCUCCUCUCUGUAUUUUAAAAUGUUCCUAAAUUCCUUCUGGCCAAAUACAGCCUAGUAAUAUAAUCAAUUUUACAUCUCUAAUAUAACGCAUAAGGCAGAGAAACAAAAAAACAGAAAAUCCUGAACAAUCGGGAAGAAGAGAAACACAAGUAAGUGGCAGAAUCAUAAUUUGCAGAAAUACACAGGAAAAGAGAAUAUUCUGUGCUUUAUUUUUGUCACAAAAAUGUAUAUGGAAAAUUAUCAGGCAAAGAAUGUUAUAUGCAUUUUACAAGAUGCAAUGUUUUUAUGAAGCAUUCUUAAGAAAAGAUGUGCUACUUCUGCUUUGAGAUGAUGACUCCACCAAUGGGAAAGAAAACAUGCCCAUCAACUAACCUUAGUAAAUAUUUUUCCUGAUGAUUCAUCACUUUCAGUAAGUAAAAUCUGUAAAAAAAAAAAAAAUACAGAUAUUACUUAAUCAAAAGGACUGAGAUCAGUUAGCUCAUGUGAUGAAACCAAAUGCAUGUUCCCCUUAAAGCUCGCAUAUUGAGAGGGUUGUUUUCUGUUUUUUAUAAAAUAACAUUAAGAGAACCACAACAUGAGAAAUUCGACCAUAAUAUAUUAUUGUAAUAGCUGAGAAACCACAUAUAAAAACCGAUUGAUUGACUGAUCGGUGAUAGGUUGACUUAAAUUACUAUAAUUACUUCUUACUGUUAAUUUUAAAGGAAAAAACUAAGCCAGGUCUAAAGUUAGUAUGUUUUGUCUUUUAAAUCCAGCAAGUUCUGAAGCACAGAAAGGUGAGGGCUCUGCCUGCCAUUUUGACUUUAAAAGACUUGGAAAAACAAAUCUAGUAUAAAAGUAUGAUCUGAGGGCAAAGAGAGUCUUUGCAUGAUAAGAAAGUGUUUGCAUGAUAAGAAAAAAAGAAUAGGAACUAACUGAAGCCCUGUCCAAGAAAUAGGAAAGGAUUUUUUUUCAAAUGCUUUAUCUGAAUUAUAGAAAGUGACACUUUCUGCAGAGUAGUUUAUUAGCCAUACAUACGUUUUUUGGAAAGUAUAUUUGAGUAAGAGGUCCUGUGGAUCGUCACAGCAAACUAUGAUGCAAGGAAGUUCCGUUAUUUACAUGAACAGGCUGGAAUCUUCCAAAUUUUCUUCCAGUAAAAUAACUGGUUCACCACCAGUUGACCUUAUAAUUGAUAUGCUUAGAUUUUAGGAAGACUGCACUCUGGAGGGCAGACAAAUCGUGAGUUUUAAAACAAUUUUCCCCCUCGUUAAAAAAUUGUUUAAAACAAAUUGGUCAUUGAUGUCUCCCAUAAUUGAUCCAAGCCAUUCAUAGAACUUAGUUCUUAUUCUCAAUAUAUUAUUUAUUUAAUCCUGUUGUGGUUUUGAUGGAACCCGGUCGCCUAUGGUAUAAAAAUUGUAAGACUUUUUAAGUUGCUUCUAGAUAUUAUAGAAAAAAUAACAGGUGUGACCUGCAAUGAAAGAAAACACUGCUGGUUAUUUGACAUUUUUUUUAAGAGUGCAAUCUUUCUUUUCAGUUAUUUUUUUUUUGUUUCUUUUAUUUUACUGAAUGGAAAAAUAGAUUCAAAGUUUUUAGACGGAAAUAUAAAUCGUAAUCCACACAAAUGAAAACAGCAACUAUUGCAUUUGUUUCUGGAUGUUCUGAAUAUUUCUACUUUGAUUAAUCAUAUUUUGACUUCAGUUUGCAUCAAUUUUAUAGUCAGCUGUGAUAUAUUUAUAUUUAAUUUAUUAGCUAUAUUUAAGCCAUGUUCUCUUUAUUUAUCCCACAUUAAUGUCACUUUAAAUGAUACAUACUUUAGGAACAAAAAUAUUCAGUAAUACUUGUGCACUUUCUGUAGAUAAAGAUGUAUUUAUUCUCAUAAUAUAUUCUAAAAAAUUAGAUUAUUUUACAAAUAUAGUUCUUUAUUUUUAGAUGUGAAAUAAGUUAUUCUAUAUAUUUUAUGAAUAUACUUCAACAAGAAGAGGAGUGACUAGCUAUAGAAUUUCAAGUAUCUAUUCGAUGGACAUCAUAGACUACAGCUGAGAAAUGGAAGUUUCAAGAUAUUUUUACUGGGCUUUGCAAAACCUUUUAAUGUGUGAAACACAUUUGCAAGGCGAUGCAAUUAGUUCUAAAAUUAGUUACCUUGACAGAAAAGACACGGUUUGCACUUAAUUGGAGAGGAUAAUAUAAUCUUUAAAAAUCCAGCAUCCAGAAUAUUGCAGGAUUUCUGUUUUAAUAAUAUAAGAGUAUUCUAUAAAAUGCCAUAUGUGUGUGCUUAAAAAGUGUAAACCAUAAGUAAAUAUUAUCCCAUGUAUUAUUUUACUCCCUUGGAUUCUUCUUUUGUUUUCAAAUCAAAUUGCACAAGUAAUGAGUAAAAAAAAGUCUUCCAAAGAAAGGCACUUCUGAACAUUUUUUACAAAGCUCACAUGUAAUUCUGCUUUGAAUUAAAUCUAUCUUCCUAUUCAGCCUUCUGAGUGUGAAAGGUUAUCGAGCAAUGUCCCAAAACUAAGUUAAUCUAAAGCAUGAAUGAACAUUACCCAAAGUGUAAAUAUGUGUACAAUACCACAGAGUUGACAUGUUAAUCAUACUAAAACCAUGAGAUGAGCAAUAGUGGGGAAUUCACUGUUAAACGUCUUCAGUUUAAUGAAUGUAGAUGUGCUUCAACAGUAGAAUUUUAAUAGAACUGUGCUUUUUCAGUAUGGCAUAAACUUGUUUCUUAUUACAUUACUUUUAUGUGAGUGUAAACUGUCUUCAGCAAAUGAUUGGUCCACUGCAUAUAAAGUCAUGGUAAAAAAGAAGGACAUCCUCUCCCAGUUCUAAGAUUAUAAUGUCAUAGUGUACCACAUAAUGCAAACACAAAAAAGUUGUGAAAAAUGAAGUAUCCCCUACUAACUCUAUUAGGGUAGGUCACAGUUAGUAAGUGGACUCAGCCACCGCUUAUGUUGGCGAUUAAUGCUUUAGCAAUGUCAGGACUCUGCUGAUGGUGUGAACCUUUAACAAGCCCCUUAGGCAUUAAUAGUCAAUGCUGACAACUAGAAGUGGCAUUUCUUUUGGGGUUUGUUUCUGGGGUGGCUGUCAAUACAAGAAUAGAUUUAUCCCCUGCUGUAGAAUAUAAACGAAUGGAUCAAUUAAAUUAAAAUAAUAUCCUCAUAUAAUUUUUAACAGGCUAAAAUAUGGAAACUGUUGAAUUUAAAGGGGGUCUGCCUUCUAUCCACCAUGACUGAAAAGUACAUUUUACGCAGGGAGAUAUUACAUUUCUAUAUGUUUUCAAAUAAUUGUUUUGGAGUACAUAUGUGUCUGGAAUGAAUAUUUCCUGUUUUGUUUAUGUUUAAAAAAAAAAAAGCACACCCAGGAGUUAAAUGUGUCUUAGUCAUAUUUUAGAU